CAUUUAGCCGCUGCACCCAUCGAAAAAAUACAGUUCAGCAUGGCUUAUGGGGCAGCACAAGUUAGCUAGCGAGCGUUUUCUGAUCAAUUAAGGGAAUUAUUCCAACAAAACCCGCGGGUCGCCGCGGCUCCACGGCAAACUUACCCCACGGGAACAUUCUGGUGAGACCGCUGUUAACCCGCCACUUUUUUUUUAAACGCUAAUUUAGCUGGUGACCAAGUGAAGGAGCUCCACGGUCCAGCGUGGCUCGACACGUUUAACGUUUGAACUUUAACGUUAACUUACGUUAAUAAAAACACGCGCACCGCUUCCACCCAAACUGGCCAUAAUGUCGAAGGUGAAGCCUGUUACGAAAGACUCGUCCGCCAAAACGCAACCACGCGCAUCUUCAGGCGUGAAAUACACAUGUAAAAAGAAAAGGAAACACUGGAUGACAGAGAAGUUCAUAAAGAUCAAACCACCGCCCGUGAAGAAAGAAAAACCUAAAGUUCAGCAACCAGCACCUCCGAAGGAUGAACUGCAGUUCUCUGCUAACUGGAAGUUGCUGCAAGAGAUGCUGAAGGCCAGUCAGCCGGAGAAGAAGCCGCCCGUCACACCUCGACCUCCCAACGGCGCCGUGCGAGAGCAGGGGGCUGCAGGAAAUUCUACCAAGCAGGUUUCCACGAGCAACGUCCGGCCCAAGCAGACGGACGCCGGGGCGAAAGCGAAGCACAAGCCCGCUCAUCGUAGCCGUUCAUCGCCCAAGGACUCCGGCGCGGGCUCUGCGGUUCCGGCUGCGACGGAGCCGAAACGUCCCGCGGCUCCGAAAAGGAACAAAGACGGAGGGAAGUUAAGGAGCGAGCCGGCAGGCAAGAAACCAAAGCCCGAGGCGCAACAAAAGAAAGCCACAGAGGCGGACAUCUGGUUCGACGACGUGGACCCCGACGACAUUGAGGCGACGGUGGGAGCGGAGGCGGCGGAGGUCAUGAGGAGGAAGCAGGGCAUCCGGAAGAACGAGGCGGAGAGCCUGCUGGUGAAGCAGGGAGCCUUUGAGGGCCUCACCAGAGCCGUGGCCAUCGAUUGCGAGAUGGUGGGAGUCGGUCCCGAUGGGGAGGAGAGCAUCUUGGCUCGUGUGUCCAUCGUGAACCACUUUGGGAAAUGCAUCUACGACAAGUACGUGAAACCUACCGAAAAGGUGACCGACUACAGGACCUUUGUCAGUGGAAUCCGACCGGCGGACAUUAAAGACGGGGAGGAUUCACAGGUAGUGCAGAGGGAGGUUGCUGAUAUCCUGCAAGGCAGAAUAGUGGUUGGACACGCACUACACAAUGACCUGAAGAUUUUACGUUUGGAUCAUCCGAAGAAGAAAAUCCGGGACACUCAGAAGUACAAACCUUUCAGGAGGGCAGUAAAGAGUGGCCGGCCCGCUCUGAAAGUGCUCUGUAGAGAGAUACUCAACGUUAAGGUCCAACAGGGUGAACAUUCAUCCGUCCAAGACGCUCAGGCCACCAUGAGGCUCUACACGAUGGUGAAGAAACAUUGGGAGGCAGAGAUUAAAGCCGGUCAUAACAACAAAGACUCCGCAACGAAAAAAACAAGGAAGCCAAAGCUUCCCAAGAACAAGGACAAGCGCUAGAAUCUCCCGGGAUUAUGAAUUCAGUCUUCCACAUCGUAUUUGGACGAGAGCAGCCGUGCUGGAAACAAUCGAGAGGUUUUCUAGACUCAUUCCAGGAUUUGAAAGACUUGCCCCAAAAACCGGGAGUGUUCUGCCAGAGCAAACCGGGCUGGGACCCGAACCGGGGAAUCAAACCCAGAGCUUUUAUUUACCUUUCUUUAAUUAGGACAUCGUUUCCCCCCCCACGUGUUAUUUUCAGCCGUCUGAAGCAGAUGUUUAAAGAUCCAAUUCAAUUUCUUGACUGCUCAUGAGAACUCAAUCAUUUGUGCCGUCGCUCCAAACAAACAAAUGGGUCCGGUGUUGUUCACAUUGUGUUGGUUCAGAGCUUUGUUCUCUCAUGACUGUUUGUAGUAAUGCCAAUUCCCCGGUUGCCUUUUAUGAGUUUUAAAAAGGUAUAAAUAAAACCAGAUAAAUUCUUUCUAUGUA